GGGGAGGGAGGAGAAAGCAGGGGAGGGUAUAUGGAUUGUGGGCAGUGGGCAGGAGAGGCUGUGAUAACGACAGAUGUCUCACAAGCAGUGGGUUUAACAGGAGGGGUGAAAGGAGAAAAAACGCCCAGUCGCAGAUUGGACCACGGGGAGUGAGUACUGGGUGCGACUGGAUCACAUUCACUACUACAGGAGAGAGAAAAGUGCAUCCAGUGCACGAACGGAUUUCCAGAGUUUAAAGCAGCAGAAAACAAGGGCACAUCAUGGGAGGCAAGCUAAGCAAACGUAAGAAGGGAUAUGAUGUCAGUGAUCCUAAAGAGAAGAAAGAGGAGAGCACUGUGACAGAAGUUGCCCCAUCUGAGAAGGCAGAGUCUCCUGUGACCGAGGCAGAGGUGGUUCCUCAAGACACUGCAGUGGGGAACUCAGAAAGAUCAGCUGAGCAAGCUACCUCUCCCUCAACAACAGAGACAGAGGUGAAGAAAGACAAUGCUACAACAGAAAAACCGGCUGCUGCAACAGUGGCAACUACUGCUGCAUCGGAAAGUCCACCAGAAGAACCUGCAGCUGUGGAAAAAGCAGCUGUGACAGAAACACCAGCGGCAGAGGCACCAGCAUCUGCAUCAGAGGCACCACCGGCAGAGGAUGCAACAUCUGCACCAGAGAAACCAGCAGCAGAGGUACCAGCAGAUGCACCAGAGAAACCAGCAGCAGAAGUCAGAGCAUCUGCACCAGAGACACCAGCACCUGAGGUACCAGCAGCUUUGGUAGAAGCAUCUGUUGCCGAAGAGCCUGCUGCUACACCUAAGGAAGAAGCAAUUCCUCCAGAGUCACCGGUAACACAGGAGCCUGUGGCUGCCCCUGAGGAACCAGCUGAGGUAGAGCAACCUAUAGCAGAGAAACCUGCAGCUUCGUCUGAGGAACCAGCAGAGGCACCAGUGUUGGAGGAACCUCCGGUUGUACCUCAGGAACUGGCAGCUACACCUGAGACACAAGUGACAGAGGAACCUGCAGCUACACCCGAGGAACCAGCAGUUUUAUCAGAGGUACUAGUGGCAGAGGAACCUGCACCUGAGGAACCGGCAGCUUUGCUGGAGUCACCAGUGAUUGAGGAACCUGUGACAAUAUUUGAAGAUCCAGUGCAGGAGUCACCAGUGGCAGAUCCACCUGCCCUUGUGCCAGAAGAGCCACUAUCUUCCCCUCAACUUGCAGCUUCCCCAGCAGAGCUUGUCACAGAGCAGAUAACUGAAGAAGUUGUUGAGAAGAUUGAAAAUGCCACUGAGGUGUCCACUGAAAUUACAGAAACCACAGAAGCAGUGCCAGAACCUGAGACAGAAGCUCUAGAGCCAGUAGCUGAGGCUGAGCCAGUGCCUGAGCCUGUUUCCGAGCCAGACAUAGACGCAGCUGUGCCUAGCCCAGAGGAACCCACACCAGUCACAGAGCAAACUACUGCAUCUCCUGAAAUCACACUAAUACAAGACAAGCCUGAGCCGACCCCAGAGCCAACAGAAGAUAAGCCUGCACCUGAGCAAAAAAGCAGAGAGGAGCUCAUCCCUUUGAUUGUCAUCUUGGAAUCAACCUCAAACAAUGAUAUCUCCUCUGAGGAAUCUGUCCCAACCAUAACAGAUCCGAAGCUCAAUAAUGGAGAGUGUGAGAGUGCCGCCUCAGCAGAGGAUUCUGUGUCAGCUCCCCCCACGGUGAAUGGGGAAUGCCAUGAGGUGGAUGUCCCAGAGUCUCCAGCUGAAGCAUGCGUGAACGGUGUAAAGGACAAAGAACCCCCUCAGGAGCACAGUGAAUGUGAACUGAAAAAGGACUUAAGUUUGGCUGCUGACAUUCAGGUUCUGCUUCCAGUCGGUGACAUGGUAGAGGUGCCACAGUGAGUCGACUUAAUCUGAGAAACAAGCCCUAAAUGUGAAUACUGAUGCAAACAACUGAAACAAUCGUCUGAACGUGGGUUUUCUGAAAAAAUGUCAAAGAUGCCUGUUGUGGUUUCUCAGCCAGAAGGAAUUUCUGAUUAACCAAAAAGAAAUACCACCCAAGAGCUAACAGAGCAAGUAACAAAGAAUACAACAUGUGAGAGUGAAAGACUGAAAAGAAAUUGGAGAGGGAGAAUGUGAGCGAGAUUGAGAAAGAGAGCGAACAAUGUUUGAAAUGUUUGUGCCCUGUGUCCUGCUGUCAUUGGAGAGGGCGAGCUAGCAGGUCUGGUGAAUAUAUAAGCCAGGUAGAUGAUGAUUACACAUGGACUGAAACAAGAAUAAAAAACAAGCUGGCAGAACAAAAAUCCUGGAUGGCAGCAAAAAAUUGAAUUGAAUGAAUAGUUUCAUAUGUUUUUGUGUGAGUCUGAUGCAUAUUAAAAUGGUUUAUUGGAUUAGCAUUUAAUAGUAUGUAAUCUAAUUUAGACCACAUCAUUUCUGUCACCAUGUAAUAAGGAGAUUUGGGGAUGAAGCGUUUUGAAUUUUUCAUGAUGGGAAAGCAGUGAGGAAUGUUCAUAUAACUUAAUGACUUGGCUUAGACAAUAAAACACUCUGUUAUA